GCGGGGCGCUGGAAGUCGACGCCUUCGCUCGCCCGUGGCCGGGCAGCCCCUCCCGGCGGCCCCGGCCCCGGCCCCUCCCGGGGGAGGGCGGCGGGCGGGGCGCGGCUCGGCUCGGCUCGGCGGCUCCUCCUCGCCGGCCCGGGGUUAGUUUCGGAGCAGAGUCGGGGGCGGCGGCGGCGGCGGGCGAGCAGCGCCCGGCGGCAACAAAGCGGCGGCGGCGGCGGAGGAGGGAGGGAGAGAGGGCGCCUCCCGCAACAGGUCUCCCGGCGCGGCGCAGCGCGGGCCGCUCCGCUCCGCCUCGCCAGGCCGCCGCUCUCCUCGGCCCGGGCGGCGGGACCCGGCCCCGGCCGCCCCCAUGCGGUUCGGCUCCAAGAUGAUGCCGAUGUUUCUGACAGUGUACCUUAGUAACAACGAGCAGCACUUCACCGAGGUGCCAGUCACCCCAGAAACCACCUGCAGGGAUGUGGUGGAGCUGUGUAAAGAGCCCGGCGAGAGCGAGUGCCACCUGGCUGAAGUGUGGUGUGGCUCAGAACGUCCCGUAGCUGAUAAUGAACGGAUGCUGGAUAUCCUACAGCGCUUUGGGAUGCAGAGAAGUGAGGUUCGUUUCUUUCUUCGACAUGAACGCUCUCCCUGUCGGGAAGCAGGGAGUGGACAAAGGUCUCAAGAUCCAGCCUUAAAAAGGAAUGGGGUGAAAGUACCUGGUGAUCGAAGAAUAGAGAACGGAGUCAGCGCUCCAAGAAUGGAUAUGACACUGGCUGAACUUCAGGAGAUGGCAUCACGCCAGCAGCAACAAAUCGAGGCUCAACAGCAAAUGCUGGCUAACAAGGAACAGCGUCUGAAAUUCCUGAAACAGCAAGAUCAGCGACAGCAACAGCAAGCUGCUGAGCAGGAAAAACUUAAGCGACUGAAAGAAAUUGCUGAGAAUCAGGAAGCCAAACUUAAGAAAGUCAGAGCACUGAAAGGCCAUGUGGAGCAGAAAAGACUCAGCAAUGGGAAAUUAGUGGAGGAGAUCGAACAGAUGAACAGUUUGUUCCAGCAAAAGCAGCGCGAGCUGGUGCUGGCCGUGUCAAAGGUAGAGGAACUCACCAGGCAACUGGAGAUGCUGAAGAACGGCCGGAUUGAUGGUUACCACGACAACCAGUCGGCUGUAGCCGAGCUCGACCGCCUGUACAAGGAGCUGCAGUUGAGGAACAAACUGAACCAGGAGCAGAAUGCCAAGCUGCAGCAACAGAGGGAGUGUUUAAACAAGCGCAACUCAGAGGUGGCAGUCAUGGAUAAGCGUGUUAAUGAGCUGCGAGAGCGUCUGUGGAAGAAAAAGGCAGCUCUGCAACAGAAAGAGAACGUACCAGUUUCUUCAGAUGGGAAUUUACCCCAGCCAGUGGCUUCUGCUCCAAGUCGAGUGGCAGCGGUAGGUCCUUAUAUCCAGUCCUCUACUAUGCCACGUAUCACUUCCAGACCUGAACUUUUGGUGAAACCAGCAUUUUCAGAUGGGACACAAGCUCUGCAGGUACCUGAUGGUCCACUAAAAACACAAACUCUGCCGAACAUGAGAGCUGGGAGCAGUUCACAAGCUAAAGUUCCUGCAGGUUCUGUGGUUCCCAGUUCAAAAUCUUCCCCAUCUGCCCCUGACUGGAGUAGUUCAAAUGUGGACAAUCUCAUUAGUCAAGGACUACCCUUGACUUCAGCAAAAGGAAUUGUGAUUAGCGAAGGACAGGCUGAAGGAGAAAGUUUUCUGCGAGACAAAGAGAAGAAAGUGCGUCCGUUUUCAAUGUUUGAUUCUGUGGACCAGUCUGCUGGGCUGGGCACCCUGAGAAAGAACCAGAGCAGUGAGGAUCUCUUGCGAGAAGCACAGACAGCCAAUAAAAAUGUAACGAAAGUACCACCGCCAGUCCCCACUAAACCAAAACAGAUAAACUUGCCUUACUUUGGUCAAGCUAAUCAUCUGCCACCUUCUGAUACUAAGCUGGAUGGAAACGCACAGAAGCUGCCGUUGGCUAUCGUAACUAUGGGGAACAAACAAAAACCAGUGGCGCAGCAGCCCUCCCACGCUUCCCAGCAGAUACAGCAGAGAAUCUCUGUCCCUCCAGCAGGUCCUUCCUCGAGCCAGGACCAAAUUCUUCCCUCGUCCAAACAGGAGAGUCCCCCAGCAGCAGCUGUGAGGCCUUUUACCCCUCAGCCGUCCAAAGAGGCCUCACUUCCACCAUUCCGAAAGCCUCAAACUGUGGCUGCAAGUUCAAUUUAUAGCAUGUAUACGCAGCAGCAGACUCCUGGGAAGAACUUCCAGCAGGCAGUGCAAAGUGCUUUGACAAGGGCGCAGACCAGAGGACCGCACUUCCCAAGCAUGUAUGGCAAGCCUGUGAUGGCAGGUGCUGGUGCACAGACUCAGCUGCCGCAGACGGAGAACGUCUACUCAAACCUCCAAGGCAAGCCAGGCAGUCCGGAGCCCGAAACGGAAGCAACAGCUCCCGCUCAUGAGAAUCAUGAAACAGAGCGAAUUCCCCGGCCCCUUAGCCCAACCAAAUUGUUGCCUUUCUUGUCCAACCCGUACCGCAAUCAGAGUGAUGCUGAUUUGGAAGCGUUACGGAAAAAGCUGUCCAACGCACCCAGGCCACUGAAAAAACGUAGCUCCAUUACUGAGCCAGAAGGACCUAAUGGGCCUAAUAUCCAGAAGCUCUUGUAUCAGAGGACCACUCUGGCUGCCAUGGAGACUAUCUCAACUCCAUCACAUUCCUCCAAGCAGACCACGUCAGCUACCAGUCCUGAAAGCCCAACGGAAAUCCCAAAUCCCUACCUAAGUGCAGAAUCAGAAAAAGAAACCGCUUCUUCCACACCAGAACCGGCCAUAGCUGAGGAAGCAGAAAACACACCAGCAGAUCAAAAUGAAGUUCCUCUGCCCUCAGCAGCUUUGGACACUGUACCCGAAGGAACGUCGGACAGUGAUGAACUCAUGCAACCCAAAAUGGAAGAACCAAGCCUAGAGGCUUCGCUGCCGUUGGAAGUAUACAUGGAGGAAUAUCCUCCAUACCCGCCACCUCCAUAUCCAUCAGGGGAACCGGAAAGUUUGGGAGAGGACUCAUUCAACAUGCGACCUCCUGAAGUUACUGGACAGUUUUCCCUGCCUCCGGGGAAGAGGACAAACUUGCGUAAAACUGGCUCUGAGAGAAUUGCACAUGGAAUGAGGGUGAAAUUCAAUCCCCUCGCGUUGCUUCUGGAUUCAUCUUUGGAGGGGGAGUUUGACCUCGUGCAGAGAAUCAUUUAUGAGGUUGAAGAUCCUAGCAUGCCCAACGAUGAAGGGAUUACUGCACUUCACAAUGCUGUGUGCGCAGGGCACACUGAAAUAGUUAAGUUCCUGGUACAAUUUGGUGUGAACGUGAACGCCGCAGAUAGCGAUGGAUGGACCCCUUUACACUGUGCAGCAUCUUGCAAUAAUGUGCAGGUGUGCAAGUUCCUGGUGGAGUCUGGGGCAGCUGUAUUUGCUAUGACCUACAGUGACAUGCAAACGGCUGCAGACAAGUGUGAAGAAAUGGAGGAAGGCUACACCCAGUGCUCCCAGUUCCUGUACGGAGUCCAGGAGAAAAUGGGGAUAAUGAACAAAGGAGUGAUUUAUGGACUCUGGGAUUAUGAGGCUCAGAAUGAUGAUGAGCUCUCAAUGAAAGAGGGAGACUGCAUGACAAUCCUGCGCCGGGAAGAUGAAGACGAAAUUGAGUGGUGGUGGGCACGGCUGAAUGACAAGGAGGGCUACGUACCCCGCAACCUGCUUGGGCUGUAUCCAAGGAUUAAACCUAGACAAAGAAGCUUGGCAUGAACUAGUACAGAAGCCAGACUCUUGAAGUACUAAUCACGGAUGACUUAAAAUUCAUUUUGUGUUGGUUCCAAUAUCAUGAGACUUAUUUCAAUGACAAUGUAAUUUGAAAGCUAUGAAGAAUGUGCUUUGAAAACAAAUGAAGGAUUGAUGCAUUAGCAAAUGGAAAAGGGCAUUCUACAAGAUGAAAUAGUGGUUACAAGCAAAUGAAACUCUGCUACCUUUGGUCUAAGCAAGCCUAAUGUUCAAGUACCCACUCUGAUUUUUUUCAAGCAUGGCAGAAAAGAAUUUCACAUUUUUCCUGCAAUAAGUACAAGGACCCUUUCAAUUUACCAUUGAAGGAGUCAGCAUGAAACAGAUGAUUGGCUUUGUCCACAUUUAUCCUGAGGCUUUUUCCAGACGGGAGAAACUAAAGUCAUCUAAAGUACGUGCACAGCACCCAAAUGUUUUUGCUGUGAGCAGAACAUUUGUUAAAGUAGGUAAGUUGAAAUGCAUCUAAACAGUAAGAAACAUGUGACCAGUGCAUUAAGCAAUAACUUUUAAAAUGCUGUAGCAUCUUAGGAAUUCCAUGUAUUCAAAAUAUUAUGUGCUAUAUACCAGACAAUGUAGUUCUAGACUCCUCUUUUUACAAAGAGCCUCCUGUAUUUAUUGUCUUUUGUACUUUGAAAACUAAGUGUAGAAACUCUCUGUAGUCCUGACAGCUUGUUUUUAUUUGACUGUGAUACCAUUAAACUUUUUUCUCCUCAUAA